AUGGAGUCCCGGGCAGCCGCGGCUGGCUCGCCGGAGCCGGCGGCGUCCUCCUCUUUCCAGGCCCGGCUCUGGAAGAACUUGCAGCUGGGGGUUGGCAAGAGUAAGGGUGGCGGCAGCAGCGGGCGCGCAGGAGACCAGGAGCGACGCCCUGCGGCCACCCCGUCGCCUUCCCCGCCACCCCCAGGAGGCAGGCGGGACGCACUGGCCGGCGUCGGGGGCACGGGCAGUAGGUGGAUUGGCUUCAAGAAACGGAAACAAGUGUUGGACCGCGUCUUCUCCUCCUCUCAGCCCAACCUGUGCUGCUCCUCGACAGAGGCUCUCGAGCCUGGAGGUCCAGGCAAAGCAGAGCAGGGGUCCACGCUGCGCCGCCGGAUCCGCGAGCAUUUGCUCCCCGCGGGAAAGGGGCCCGCUGCGGCUGCUGGAGCAGGCGGAGGGACGCCUCCUGGCGGACGCUCCCCAGACUCAGCUCCUUCUUCGUCCUCCGCAUCAUCUUCCCUAUCCUCCUCUCCCCAGCCACCCCCGAGAGGGGAUCGUGCCCGAGAUGAGGGCGCACAGCAUCGGAGCACCGCGGUGCACUUGUGCCAUCAGAAGAGUUCUUCCCUGCCGGGCACCACCAACCUGGAGCAGCUUCUGGAGCCGCCUCCGCCUCUUGCAGAACCGGCGCGGGGCCCCGCGGAGCGUAUCCCGGAGAAGGGCGGGGAGCGCGGCCUCAGCCAGAAAAUAAAUACUUCUGGAACCAGUAAUGCAGAUACCCCUUUGGCUGAUCCCGGGAUGUACCAACUGGACAUUACAUUAAGAAGGGGUCAAAGUUUAGCUGCCCGAGAUCGAGGAGGGACAAGUGAUCCUUACGUGAAGUUUAAAAUUGGAGGAAAAGAAGUUUUUAGAAGUAGAAUAAUACACAAGAACCUCAACCCUGUGUGGGAGGAGAAAGCUUGCAUUCUCAUUGACCAUCUUAGAGAGCCAUUAUAUGUGAAGGUAUUUGACUAUGACUUUGGACUGCAGGAUGACUUUAUGGGCUCAGCCUUUCUGGACCUCACACAGCUGGAGUUAAACAGGCCCACAGAUGUGACCCUAACACUGAAAGAUCCCCACUAUCCUGACCAUGACCUUGGGACCAUUUUGCUCUCAGUCAUCCUGACCCCUAAGGAAGGAGAGCACAGGGAUAUGACAAUGCUAAUGAGGAAGAGCUGGAAAAGAUCAAGUAAGUUUCAGACCCAAAGUUUACGUCUAUCAGAUGCACACAGAAAAUCACACCUUUGGCGAGGAAUAGUCAGUAUCACGUUGAUUGAGGGGCGAGACCUCAAGGCAAUGGAUUCAAACGGGUUGAGUGACCCCUAUGUGAAGUUCCGGCUUGGACAUCAGAAGUACAAGAGCAAGAUAAUGCCAAAAACUCUGAAUCCUCAGUGGAGAGAACAAUUUGAUUUUCAUCUCUAUGAAGAAAGAGGUGGAAUUAUUGACAUCACUGCAUGGGACAAAGAUGCUGGGAAAAGAGAUGAUUUUAUUGGCAGGUGCCAGGUCGACCUGUCGGUCCUCAGUAGGGAACAGACGCACAAGUUGGAAUUGCAGCUGGAAGAGGGUGAGGGACACCUGGUGCUGCUGGUCACCCUGACAGCUUCGGCCACAGUCAGUAUCUCUGACCUCUCUGUCAACUCCCUGGAGGACCAGAAAGAACGGGAGGAAAUACUAAAGAGAUAUAGUCCCCUGAGGGUAUUUCACAACCUGAAAGAUGUGGGAUUUCUUCAGGUGAAAGUAAUCAGAGCAGAAGGAUUAAUGGCUGCUGAUGUCACAGGUAAAAGUGACCCAUUUUGUGUAGUUGAACUGAACAAUGAUAGGCUGCUAACACAUACCGUCUAUAAAAAUCUCAAUCCUGAGUGGAACAAAGUCUUCACAUUCAACAUUAAAGAUAUCCAUUCAGUUCUUGAAGUGACAGUUUAUGAUGAAGAUCGAGAUCGAAGUGCUGACUUUCUGGGCAAAGUUGCUAUACCAUUGCUGUCUAUUCAAAAUGGUGAACAGAAAGCCUACGUCUUGAAAAACAAGCAGCUGACAGGGCCAACAAAGGGGGUCAUCUAUCUUGAAAUAGAUGUGAUUUUUAAUGCUGUGAAAGCCAGCUUACGAACAUUAAUACCCAAAGAACAGAAGUACAUUGAAGAGGAAAACAGACUCUCUAAACAGCUGCUACUAAGAAACUUUAUCAGAACGAAGCGCUGUGUCAUGGUGCUUGUAAAUGCUGCAUACUACGUUAAUAGUUGCUUUGAUUGGGACUCACCCCCAAGGAGCCUUGCUGCUUUUGUGCUCUUUCUCUUUGUUGUCUGGAACUUUGAGCUCUACAUGAUACCACUGGUUUUGUUGUUACUAUUGACAUGGAACUACUUCUUGAUAAUAUCAGGGAAAGAUAACAGGCAACGUGAUACAGUAGUGGAGGACAUGCUAGAGGACGAGGAAGAAGAAGAUGACAAAGAUGACAAGGACAGUGAAAAAAAGGGGUUUAUAAAUAAAAUCUAUGCCAUCCAGGAGGUAUGUAUCAGUGUCCAGAACAUCCUAGAUGAAGUGGCUUCCUUUGGCGAAAGGAUAAAGAAUACUUUCAACUGGACGGUCCCGUUCUUAAGCUGGCUGGCCAUCGUAGCCCUCUGUGUGUUCACAGUCAUCCUGUAUCUCAUUCCGCUGAGAUACAUUGUCCUUGUGUGGGGCAUCAAUAAAUUUACAAAAAAACUUCGAUGUCCCUAUGCAAUUGACAACAACGAACUACUUGACUUCCUUUCCAGAGUUCCUUCAGAUGUACAAGUGGUGCAAUACCAAGAGCUGAAACCAGAUCCCUCUCAUAGCCCAUGUAAAAGGAAGAAAAACAACCUCGGCUAGCCAGCUCCCAGCUCGGAGGAGCCUAGCAUCUGUUUGGGAAGAUAAAAGAAAAAGCCUUCAAGCCUCAGCAGCAUUUCCUUUCUUUCUGCUUUUUAUUUAUUUUGCUUUUUUUCCCUAUCAUGAUCAAGAGAAUUUGUAAAUAGUGUACAAGGGCAUAUGUCUUUGAAAAUAUACUUCCAUUGUACAGAAUCAAUUUGAUAAAGGUUUACUUACUGCUGUGUGAAAGCCUUGUUAGCUGUGGACAAUAAUAUGACACAUUGGAUCAACAAAUGGAAGAAUGGAUACACUGGGAGAUAACACUCCCUAAUCGCACAUGGAAGAACUAGAUUAGAUUAAAUGCUUUGCUCUGAUUAAAUCAACAUAACAUGUAAAUGUCCAUUUGAUUUUAAAGUUUUUUUAAAUGUGACUAUUUUUAUCUGAAAAGUAAUUCAUUACAGUUUUCUAUGUUUUAUACAUUUCAAAAGUGGGGGCGGGAGUCCCAAAACGUGAAUAAUGGAACAGAUGUAUUUCAAUUUAACAUAAAUUCUGUUUUCAGAUCCCAAUGUUUAUUCCUGAGCAAAGUAUUUAGAUAUCACUAAGCUGAUUUUAAGCUAAUGAGCGAAGGUAUAUUCACCCCCUCAAAAGAAUCUUCUACACUCUGAAAUCCUACAAAUAUAACUUCCAAAUCUUCUAUCAUUCCAUCUAAAACCUUAAUAUCUCUACUGGAUUACACAUAAAUACUGCCAGGUUUAUAAUUGCCUAUCUGAAUUUUUAUAUCUACUACUACUUUAAUUUGUACCCAGUUAGCAACUUAGCAGAAUUUCAGUAGUCAAACAUACUAGCAAAUUACAUUCAUAUUGCUUUUGUUGUCAGAUUAUACCUGUGUAUCUAAAAAUACUUAAUACUCAAGUGUUCUCACAGAAAAAUAAAGUAUCUGCUGUCUCAUUAGGUUACUGAAAUGCUUUAGUGCAUACUAUGAUUUUUGUAUUAGUGUGAAUUUUAAUGUAGAGGAGAAUGCAGUGUUAUGUGAUAUGCCAGUGUUUCAUUACAUUCAUUUAUAGAAAAAAUAAUCAUUGUUGAUAAUAUGAAUGCAUGAAAAUCUAUUUUGUAAAAUAAACUGCUUCUGGGGUGGGGAAGUUUGCCUUUAAAAAUGUUUCACUAUUUACUAUAGAAUCUAUAUUUAAAAAAUUGCAUUCCCAAGAUUCUUACGGUAGUUUUUCUACCUGGCUUCCUGUUAUAUCAAGGGAGUGUACCUCUGGAAAGAGAAAUAAUUUGGUGAGAAUGUCUUACUUCGCCCCGAAUUGGUAGGGCACUAAGUUUGGUUGAAAUUGCUGCAAUGUUUUGCACUACUUUAUUAAUAAUAGACUAGGAUAGGGUGAAGGUAGGGGUUAUGCUGGGAAAAUGUAGGAAAACCAAAAGCAAGAAAUAUAUAUUUCAUUCUAAAGAUUCUUUAAAAAUAAACUUAAUCUCAUUAAAGCUGAUUUUUAAAGUAUUUUUAUUUUAAAGCUAUGUUGUUAAAUACUAUUUCUUAUGAUAGAACUAUUUUGAUGUUUAUACACUAUGGUUGAAAGAUUGUCAAUUAAAUCCCUUUCUACAGAAAGGCUGUGACCUCAAUAUGCUCUAUUUACUGCAUCAUGUUUGUAAUGACAUGCUCACAUCCACAUACCAUCACUGUUUGUUGCUAAAACAUAAUACUCCAUGAAGCUGAUGUUACUACAGAAAGUUAAUUGAUAGGAUAAUUUGUUUGAAAUAACUUUUGAUUACAUCUUGUGUGAGAUUUAUGUUUCCUGCUGACAGUGUCUACUCAAAUGUCUACAUGCCCAAUAUUCUACAACCUCAGAUGUACCUAGUGGAUAGUAACCAUUAACAGAUGACUAAUUUGUUUCAUUCUAUGAAAUUACAGAUGUUUAGUUCAAUAGUAAUGUUAACUAUA